GCAUACAGACACAUUAUACUCAGUCAGGAAACAAUGACUGCCGGCUCUAUUUUAGCACCUCAAAUAAUACCACUUCGAAUCCCAACAGCUGGCAAAGCUAAACAUGAAAUAGACACAAAUACAUUUGUAGAAAUCAAAUCAGAUACCCCUGAUGUUGCCAUAUAUUACACUGUAGAUGGAAGUAAACCAGAACUGUUUAGGAGAGUGGGUUAUGGAGACUGUAAUACUUUUAGAUAUAAAGGACCGAUCUUAUUACCAGAUGGGAAAAUAACAGUCAAAGCACUGGCAGUCACAAAAGACUGCAGAGAGAGUGCUGUUGUAACAAAAGUAUUUGUGGUAGACUUUGUAACACCAAACACGCAUACAGUUGAUGGAGAGAAUGAUGAGCAUCUAUUGAAAAAUCCCUCCGGGCAGGAUAUGGAAAAUGGAUUAUCUGAUUCAAGACUGGAAAAGAAAGAGGUGAAUAAGGAAACCAAAUGGAAUGGUGUCGCUCAGGAAUCUCAAGGUGUGUCAAAAGAAAAAAGAUCUGUGCCCUCCUUGUCUGUCAGGCAGCAUCGACUCAACUUGAACGCCUCACCUGAUAAAGAAGAGGCCAGCCCUGCCACGUUGAUACCUGAGUCACAGCUUGCUAACUCUGCUGUGAGUAAUAGAAGUCUCACCAGCACUCAGGCAUUGAAAAUCCAAAGAGCAAAAGGCUUCCUCAAGUGUCCACAGUGCCUAGCUCCUCGCUCGUUAGAUCCGUUUGCUCGUUUCUGUCAGGAAUGUGGUUUGUUGAUUCCACCUGUGCCUGGAUACAGCCUCCCACCUCCUGAAGAAGCUCAGAUGGGGCUGUGUGUUGAAUGCCAAACCAUGGUGCCCAUGAACACACCAACCUGCAUUGUAUGUGAGGUGCCGAUAACUCCACAGCUGCAGUUUCCAGCAAGCACCUGGUUAAAGUUUGAGUUUGAAUACGUUCGGAUGUCUGUUAACCACCCAAACUGUUUGAUAGAGAGGAAGACCAAAGAAAGUGUGGUAUGCUUGGCGUGUGCAGGAAAUCCAGUUCAUGUCAGACAAUGUGUGAUCUGUGAGAGCCCGCUUCCUGAAGCACAAACGCCUGCAUUUAGUAGAGAAGCGCCCCCACCGCUGUCCAGUCGCCGGAGAAAAACCACAUCCUGUUCAAAAUGCGGCCAGGCUAAUGACCAGGAUGCUCAGUUCUGCGGCUGGUGUGGAGCGAAGGUGAGCCCUCCUCCACCCUAUCUGAUUUGCUUCAAGUGCGGUGCAAGCAACCAUACAUGGGCACGAUUCUGUGGCACUUGCGGUGCUCACAUUGAGCCUCUAUAUAGGCGGAGCUAUGAGGACAAUAUCCUGUUGGGUGCUGGAGAUGGCUUUGUCAUUUCUGAGAAUAAUAGCUUGCAGAACUGGCAGCAACCCAUUCUUCCACUGCCAACAUCAAAACCUGAUCCAUUCAGGAGAAAAGACCAAGGAACCCAAACAGUUGGCUUGUUCUACCCAUCCGGGAAAUCCUUGGAGAAGAGAGAAUGUGAGCUGGUCUCUGAAAAGGAAAAACAGCAGAAGAUGAGCGAUCGCAAGCCUCUGCUCACAGCUGUCAGUCCUGGAAGAGGUUACUGGAGGAAGCAACUAGAUCAUGUAUGUGAACACCUCAGAAGCUAUGCACAGAACAACGUGGAGUUCAGGACUUUAAUUGGAGAGCCACAGAUGGGAAAGCUCAUAUCUGCAACUGUCCAUGAGGAUGAACAUCAAGUCAGUCUCCGACUGAAUUAUGCACUUGCUGUAAAUAAGGAUAUUCUGACCUAUCAACCAGCAAUGUUUGAUUAUCAUGGCCUGAGUUCCCUCAAAGGAGCAAGUGAAGAGAGUCAGAGAAUCUUGAGUCCCAGAGAGAAAAUCCAAAGAAUGGCCAGAACAUUGAAAUGUCUAGAAAAGGAAGACAGACUUUCUAGUGAAUCCAGGCAGCUGCUGAAGGAAGUUGGUCCAGAAGGCGAAGGUCGACCUUUCCUGGUGGAGCAACUGAUUGAUGAGGGCGCGGAUCCUAACUGCACCAACAAUCAUGACCAAGUUGUUCUGACGUUGGCUGUCCUGAACAAGCACCAUGAGGUCAUUCCUGUUCUGGUGCAGAAAGGCGCAGAUAUUGAUCAUCAGUCAGGACCGUUAAACAACACGGCUCUUCACGAAGCCGUCUUGCUGGGACUGGAGCAACUGGAUUGCACUGAAGCCUUGCUAGGAUGUAACGCAAAUAUUAAAAUGAAGAACGCCAAAGGAUUGUCCGCCUAUGAUUUAGCCCUGAAGAGCAACAAUGACAAAAUAGUCUCCCUGUUUGCUAGUAAGCUAGGGCAGGGAAUAUUGGACAGCAUCAGCAAGCCCAGCCGCACGGGACUAACCGCAAAAACAGCUGAGAAGGAUGACCUUCAGAAAGACAAGAUGGAGGCAUUGGCUGCACUGGAGGAUUCCAAAUGA